UGUUGUGUGCCCCAGUCGCGAGCGGACGAUCCGUGAGAUCGGAGAUCGCAGAUCGCAGAUCGCUCUAGAUACAAAUACAUUAGGCAAACAGAUCGAUCGAUUGGCGAUCUCGUUUCAAUUCGAAACGCGGGACGAUCUAGUCCGAUCGGAGAUCUCCAGCAGUACGGACGUUGUGCCUCCGUUGUGCCAAAUAAUCAAAUAGGAUAUACAUAGUCUAGGUGCUAUCCAGACGAAUCUUGCACUGGAUGAUUAGAGCCGGUCUCCCAGCUGCACAGAACGUAAGAACGUAAGAAGUCGGAAUAAAACGCGACAAAGCCGAGCAUACUUCAUAACCUGUUUCGGAUCCGUCUAAGUCGCCUGCAGAAUGGCCAAAAUGCCAGAGACAACGUUUGCCGACCUGAGUCUGGCUGAUAAGACUGCUGUAAAGAAGUCAAGUAUCGAAGCUCGCCGGUUUUCUGAUGUGUCUACCUGCUCAUUCAGUUCCACCUGUUUCACCGGAAGCUCCGACGAGGAAGACGUCUCCCCGAAGGACAACCAUCAGCGCAACUCCGCCGGAGGCACCGACUUUUGCGUGAAGAGCAUCUCGAAGAGUGCGUUUGGAAGGCGGGAGAUCGAGAUCGCCGAGUCGGAGAUGCCGGGCAUUAUGACGCUGAGGAAGAGGGCGAAGGAGGAGAAGCCCCUGAAGGGAGCCAAUAUCGUCGGAUGUACCCACGUCAAUGCUCAGUCGGCAGUGCUCAUCGAGACGCUCGUCCAACUGGGCGCCACUGUUCGCUGGGCUGCCUGCAACAUUUAUUCCACACAAAACGCAGUUGCCGCCGCUUUGGCGGAGGCGGGAAUUCCGAUCUUCGCCUGGCGCGGCGAGACGGAGGAGGAGUUCUGGUGGUGCUUGGACAAGGUCAUCCACUCCGAGGGCUGGCAGCCGAACCUGAUCCUGGACGACGGCGGCGAUGCCACGCACCUUAUGCUGAAGAAGUACCCGGACUACUUCAAAGCCAUUCGCGGCAUUGUGGAGGAGAGUGUGACCGGGGUGCACCGGCUGUACAUGCUGUCAAAGGGCGGAAAACUUACUGUUCCGGCCAUCAACGUCAACGACUCUGUGACCAAGAACAAGUUUGAUACUUUCUACACGUGUCGCGACUCCAUCCUGGACAGUCUGAAACGCACCACGGAUAUAAUGUUUGGCGGAAAGCAGGUGGUGAUCUGCGGGUACGGAGAUGUGGGCAAGGGCUGUGCCCAGUCCCUGAAGGGCCAGGGAUGCAUUGUCUAUGUUACGGAGGUGGAUCCCAUAUGCGCACUACAAGCUGCCAUGGAUGGAUUCCGCGUGGUACGGCUCAAUGAGGUCAUAAGGAGCGUGGAUGUGGUGGUCACGGCAACGGGAAACAAAAACGUAAUCACCAGGGAUCACAUGAAUCGCAUGAAAAACGGCUGUAUCCUCUGCAAUAUGGGGCAUUCAUGCUCGGAGAUUGAUGUGAAUGGAUUGCAUACCCCGGAACUAACGUGGGAGCGUGUCCGUUCCCAAGUGGACCACAUCAGGUGGCCGGACGGCAGGAUGAUCAUUUUGCUGGCCGAGGGAAGACUGGUGAAUCUCUCCUGCUCCACCAUAUCCUCGUUUGUCGUAUCCGUGGCCUCAUCCACCCAAGCUUUGGCUCUGAUUGAACUCUUCUCAGCGCCUGGAAGAUAUAAGUCGGAUGUCUAUCUGCUGCCAAAGAAAAUGGAUGAAUACGUGGCCAGUUUGCAUCUUGCCACCUUCGACGCUCAUCUCACGGAGCUCACGGAUGAGCAGUCCAAAUUCAUGGGCUUAAACAAGGCCGGGCCUUUUAAAGCCAAUUACUACAGAUAUUAAUCAGUAUUUAAUGUUUUAUCCUGUUAUUCUCGUUCUGUAAUUUUGAUAUUAUUUAGAAAAUAUAUGAUAAUAUAUUUUAA